GCAAGCUCUCGGCUGAAGCUUCCAUCACUGAUUUGGUCGCCAACAACACAAUAAUCUGCCAUUGAGAUUUCUCACUCGUUUCCUACGAUCCGCAGACAAAAUGGUUCAGUCUCUCAUCCCCAAGGCUAAGAUCCCAUCUUACAAGAGUCCCUAUGGACCGAAGUAUCACUACCAGCCUAACAUUGCUGGCUUCACCAUGAAGCAGGCUACUGGACUCGCCGUUAAGUCAGGUGCUUUCGGCGGUGUCGCUCUCUUUGCCGUCAUCUUCUUCGCUUCUGGAAUUCCCAGGGUGCAGCAGGACAUUCUACAGAAGAUCCCCUUCAUUGGCGACCACUACAUCAAGGAGAUCCCCGCCUCAGACAACCCCUUCUAAGCUAAAUGCAAGCCUUUGAAGAGUAUGGAAAGAUUAUGAUCAACCGCAUCGGCCAGCAGCGUUGCAUGUACCGCGAACCUGUAUUAAAACAAUAC